AUGGAACCCACAUAUCCAAGCAAUCCAGGAAAAGGCUAUCAAGAAAUUAUCACUGAUGAAAAAGCUGGCAGGAACGACUUGGGGAGCCACGACCAGAAUCCUCAGACAAGUAUAUAUAGACCAAUCAUGGAGUACGCCUCUGCCACAUGGGUAACUGCAUCUGACACUACCAAAGCAAAGCUGGACAAAGUGCAAAAUAUGGGCCUUAGAAUCAUCCUUGGAGGAAUGCGAAGCACACCAAUUGGGGACAUGGAGAUAACAGCUGCCAUUCAACCCCUAGAGUUAAGAAGAGAAUACAAGACUCUGACACAGGGAGAAAAAAGUAACCGGUUGAAGACCCAUCCCCUACACCUCGUGCUCCGAAAAGAACCGAUGACGAGGCUGAAACGCAAGAGCAUCAACACCAUCACGAAGGCCCUGCAAAAGGAACACCAGGACAUACUGGAAAGCGAACCUGAUCUAUGCGAAGACCUCACAAUCUCCAACUGGUAUGGCUCAUCUCAGAUUGCAGUUAGCAAUGGAGGAAGUGGUGUUUUUAUCAAACUUCAAGACAGAAGCUCCCACUCCAUAUCCGUACCAUCCGGCAUUCUCUGCUCAAACUACAGAGCUGAGAUGCAAGCCCUAACCUCAGCCACUGACUAUCUGAUCACCACCCAAGAAGAUGUAGGAGACAAUCUCGUCCUGCUGACCGACUCUCUGUCCGCAUUACAGGCCCUUAUGGCUGCAACAUCAGACCAACUGACGGAGAAUCUACUGAAGAACCUAAGUAGUCUUCUUCAAGACAGAAGAGUAGUCCUCCAAUGGAUACCAGCUCACGUAGGAGUACCAGGAAAUGAACGAGCAGAUCAAUUGGCGAAGGAAGGUAGCAAGCAGCACCAAACAAAAACCAGAAUGACCUACCGGGAAUCAAAAACAUUACUCAAGACGAAGCUGAAAAACCAAUGGAGAGACGACACUGACAGGUACCAGCCAUGGAAAGACAGCAUCCACCAACCAUCGAAAUCGAGAAGGAAAGUUUUUGUGAAUAGCUGA